AUGGCGCUGGCACGCCGGAGUCCGGCCUCCUCCCUCCUGGUCAUCGCCGCGGUUCUCUCCGUUCACGGCCUCCUCCCCGCUCCGGCCGCCGCCACGGGCAAGACCGGCCAGCUCACCGUCUUUUGGGGCCGGAACAAGGACGAGGGCUCUCUCAGGGAAGCCUGCGACGCCGGCCUCUACACCGCGGUCAUCAUGUCCUUCCUCAACGUCUACGGCCACGGCAAGUACCGCCUCGACCUCUCCGGCCACCCGCUCGCCGGCAUCGGGGGCGACAUCAGGCACUGCCAGUCCAUGGGCAUCACCGUCUCCCUCUCCAUCGGCGGCUACGGCGGCGACUACGCGCUCCCGACCAACCGGUCCGCGCUCGACCUCGCCGACCACCUCUGGUUCUCCUACCUCGGCGGCAGGCGCAGGGGCGUGCGCCGCCCGUUCGGCCGCGCGAGUCUCGACGGCGUCGACCUCUUCCUGGAGCGCGGCGGGCCGGCGGAGCACUACGACGCGCUGGCGAGGGAGCUGGCCAGGCGCAAGGCCCGCGGGGGGAAGGCGCCGCGGCUGACGGCGACGCCGCGCUACGCGUUCCCGGACCGGCUCGCGGCGCCGGCGCUCUCGACGGGGGUCUUCGAGCGCAUCCACGUCAGGUUCUACGACUACCCGGACUGCACGGCGUUCAUCGAGGACGCGUGGGGCAGGUGGACGGCGGCGUACCCGGGCAGCGAGAUCCACCUCGGCCUCACGGCGUCGGAGAAGGCCAGCUGCUACCUGCACCCCAAGGCGCUCUGGGAGAUCACCAUGCCGAUCGUGCAGAAGGCGGCCAACUACGGCGGCGUCAUGCUCUGGGACCGGUACUACGACGUGGUGAACGUCCAGGACCACUACAGCAGCUACAUCAAGAACUGGGCCUGA